CCUCCACCACCAACCCACCACCCAAAAUGAACUUCUCAUUCCUCCGACCGAGCUUCCGGUCCCUACGCCCAACAACAAACUUCGCCUCCCAAAAAGCCAUCCUCCAAAACCCUACCACCACAUCCCUCCUCCAACGCACAACAUCACCCUUCUCCACAACCGCGAAGCUCGAGAAGCGAAACAAAGGAAAAGUCAGGACCGAUGCACGAAUCACUGCAAUCCGCUACCACCUCUCGCACCCUUUAACCCCUCGCCCCCUCCACUUCUCCCGCACGCGAUACCUCCGCCACUGGACGAUCCACCGCGCGUGGCUGCUGUUCCUGCGCAAGCGGCGCUGGGCGGAGGAGCGGGAGCUGGAGCGGCAGUACGAGUCGAUGCGGGCUGCGUGCGAGCACCUGCGGCUGCUGGACGACAAUGGGUUGAGGGUGGCGAGUUCGGAGGGGGGAGGCCAGGGCGCGGAUGCGGGGACGCUGGGGCCGAGGGGGAAGGAGGUCGGCAGGUUGUAUAGGGGUGCGAUGAAUAAGAAGGGGGUUUGGGGGAGCGUGCCGGUGGAGUAUGCGAGGAUUCAGGUGGAUUAUCCGCCGAGGGAUGGGUGGAAUCAUGAGUGGACGAGGUGAAGAGGAGGAAGGGGAGGUUUUGCUGGAGGGGAGAGUUUGUAGUGAUAUGGGUGCUGUAGAAUAAGUGUAAAUAUCCAAAUACCAUUUGCCAA